CAUGCUGCAGUUUAUCUGACUGAGAACAUACAAGAUACCUUUUUUCCUUUUAUAAUUUAAUAGUUUUAUUUUUAUUUUAUUUCUUAAUAUCAGUAUUUUUGUCAUAUAUUUUGAGGCUCUAUAUCAAUUAUAGCAUAUUGUCUUUGCGUCCAUUAAAACAGAAAAAAUAAUUAUAACAUUAAAAUAGCGCGAAAAACAAACGUAUUGUAAGAAAGGCUGUUUCUUUCUUAUUAUGUUCAGAUUAAACUCACUGAGCGUCGCUGUUCUCUAAGAAAACGCUUUUGUUCAUAAUCAAAUUCCCCCUGACAUAUUUCCAUACGGGGAAAGCGCACAAAGAGCGCGCCAUGACAAGAGCUUCGCUCUGUGUGGUAUUCGUUUCUCAACCAAUUUCAUGAUCUCCAGGAAUAGAAAUAUCUUAAAUGUUGCAGAAUGGAGGGACGCGUAAAGUCACAGUUGUGGAGGUAUGUAACGUUCCUUCUGCUUUUCUCCGCUAUUUUGGACACAGCGUCCGCUGUUACACACUAUUCCAUCCCAGAAGAAAUGGAGGAAGGCUCUGUUGUCGCUAAUUUGGCAUCCGAUUUGGGACUGGAUGUGAAAACACUCAGCAGCAGACAAAUGCGACUCGAUAUUAGAUCUAGUAAAAAAUAUCUGGAUGUCAACAAACAAACAGGAGAGCUCUUUAUUUUAGAAAAGAUGGACAGAGAGUAUCUCUGCAGUGUUAAAACAGCGACAACGUGUUUUAUCAAAAUGGAAGUGAUACUCGAGAAUCCUGUUCGAAUGUUUAAUAUUGAAAUUGAAAUUAUAGAUAUCAAUGAUAACGCUCCCAAAUUUUGGAGGGAUACGAUCCGUUUGGACAUAUCAGAAUCUACAGCAGCGGGGGAGAGAUUCUCGCUCAGUAAUGCGGUGGAUCCUGAUAUUGGACCAAAUUCGAUCAAAACGUAUUAUUUGAGUGAGAGCGAAUAUUUUGACAUUGAAAUACAAACAGGAAGGGAUGGGUCAAAAUUUGCUGAUUUAAUUCUGAAAAAGCCUUUAGACAGAGAAAAACAAGCUUCACAUAAUCUGAUACUCACUGCUGUGGAUGGAGGAGUCCCCGCGCGCUCUGGCACUGCUAGUAUUAUUGUGCGCGUUCUGGACACUAAUGACAACGCCCCACAAUUCGAUAAAGACAGUUAUACUAUAAAUCUAACAGAAAACGCACCGAUUGGAAGCCUUGUUGUGAAAUUAAACGCGACAGAUAGAGAUGAAGGGUCCAAUUCAGAUAUAAUUUACUCAUAUAGUUUGUAUACAUCAGAGAAAACACAACAGGCAUUCAGUCUGAAUCUUAACAGUGGUGAAAUCAGAGUAAAAGAGAUGAUUAAUUAUGAGGAUUUUCGGAUCUAUGAUAUGGAAAUUAUAGCAACAGAUAAAGGAGCUAAUAGUCUUUAUGGAAAAUGUAAAGUAAAUAUUUUAGUCACAGAUAUGAAUGACAAUCAUCCUGAAAUUUCUCUGAAAUCAUUCACAAGUCCAGUGAAAGAGGAUAUAGCUGUAAAUACAGUAAUUGCAGUUGUUAGUGUGAGUGAUAAAGACUCAGGAGAAAAUGGACAGAUAGAUAUUCAUAUUUCUGAUGAUUUACCUUUUGCGCUCAAAGAAUCGUCUGAUAAUUAUUAUGAAUUAUUAGUUUCAGAACCGUUAGACCGUGAAAAGGUUCCAGAAUAUGACAUCACUAUUACCGUGACUGACAGGGGCAACCCGCCGUUAUCUGAUAAUGAAACUAUAACUUUAGAGCUGCUGGACAUUAACGACAAUGUUCCUCAGUUCCCGCAGACCUUCUACACGAUACCUGUUAUGGAGAAUAACGCGCCUGGAGCUUUACUGAGCUCUUUAACUGCUAUAGACCCAGAUCUCCAUGAAAAUCAGUAUCUAGUUUACUUUAUCAUAGAGAAGGAAAUAGUGAACACUUCCAUGUCCAUGCUGUUUUCCAUUAACCCAGAGAACGGCAAUCUUUACGCGCUAAAGACGUUUGACUAUGAGAUAGAGAAAGAGUUUCUCUUCCACAUCGAGGCCAGAGACUCUGGUGUUCCUCCGCUCAGCAGUAACGUGACCGUUCACAUUAUUAUCAUGGAUCAGAACGACAACACGCCGCUUAUAGUGUCUCCAUGGCGCGCGCACGGCUCGGUGGUGGAGGAAAAGAUCCCGAGAUCCACCGAUAAAGGGACUCUGAUAGCCAAAGUCAUCGCCAUAGACUCUGAUUCAGUGCACAACUCUCGAAUCACGUACCAGUUUCUCCACAACACUGACGCCACAUUAUUCAGCUUGGAUCAAUAUAACGGAGAGAUCCGGACCAUGAGAAUGUUCAGUUACAGAGACUCGCGCCACCAGCAGCUGGUUGUGAUCGCCAAGGACAACGGAGAGCCCGCGCUCUCUGCUACAGUCACCAUCAAACUGUCCACGGUGGAGACCGCCCUUAAAACCUUUGCUGACAUGACUGAGGUGCCUUUAGGAUAUGACAUCUUCUCCGAUUUAAACCUGUAUCUGGUGAUCGGACUGGGCUCCGUUUCAUUUCUUUUACUCAUCACUAUAUUGGUCACCAUCGUGCUGAAGUGUCAGAAAACGAAGCCCAGCAAAGCGGCUCCUCCGUGCAGGAACAGUGUGAUCAGCGAGAGGAACUCGACCAUCGCGGAUUCCACUCUGGUCUCCAACGAUGCCUACUGGUACAGUUUAUUUCUAGCAGAGACCAGGAAAGGAAAGCUGGUGGUCAGACAGCCUGUGCCAAAGGGAGCGAGAUAUGUCGUGUCCAGUUUACCGAGGAGCACAGGACUGACCGAGACCAGCGACUCAGCUGCUUCUACUCUACAGGUAAGCACUGCCAUUUAG